CCAAGACUAUAUUCCAUCUCCAACCCAAAAGCAAUAUUUCCAUAAUCUCUGUUUCUAAUUAACAUACGCACACUCGCUUUCUAUUAUGGCAGCUUCCUACAACCCUGAUGAGGUGGUCACCGAUUUCUACCCUUUCUAUCGACUCUAUAAAGAUGGUCGAGUAGAGCGUUUCUACGAACUUUAUGGUAUAACCGAAGUUCCACCAUCGCCAGAAGAUCCUGCCACGGGUGUAUCAUCCAAAGACGUGAAUAUCUUCCCUCAUGUCUCCGCUAGGCUUUACCUUCCAAAGAACACCACAAGCGAUCAAAAGCUGCCCGUCUUAGUGUAUUACCAUGGUGGAGGACUUGUGUUGGGAUCUGCCUUCUUCAAAACGGAACACUGUUACCUCAACCAUUUGAUUUCUGAAUCAAACUGCGUCGCUAUCUCUGUAAAUUACAGGCUUGCCCCAGAAAAUGACUUGCCGACACUUUACCAAGAUUGUUGGGAUGCCCUUCAAUGGGUUGCUUCACACGUUGAUGCUACCACCGUUAACAAAGAACCAUGGAUAGAAAACCAUGGUGAUUUUAACAGAAUGUUUGUAGCAGGGGACAGUGCUGGGGGCAAUAUAGUUUAUAACAUAGUCAUGAGAGCCGGUAGAGAAAGCUUAAUUGGAGAUGUGAAACUCUUGGGUGCCAUCUUGGCUUUCCCUUUCUUGUUGUUCCCAUCGCUCGAAAACAUUGAGCACACUAUGAUCUACAAGCUUUGGAAUACCAUUUGCCCGCCGUUUGAACAUGGAAUUAAUAGCCCAAUGGUUAAUCCAGAAAAGAGCCCGAGCUUAUCUAGAUUAGGGUGCUUGAGACUUUUCGUGUGUACUGGGGAGAAAGAUGACCUCAUCCCAAGAGAAAUUGUAAUUCGAUUCGUCGAAGUUGUAAAGGAAAGUGAGUGGAAAGGAGAGAUAGAGUUCAUUGAGGUUGAAGGUGAAGGUCACUGCUUUCAGGCUGCUAAUCCUGAAGCUGAGAAAGCUAAAGAUCUGAUCAAGAGCAUGGCUUCUUUCAUCCGACGGAAGUGAUUGGACAUGUGUCCUAGGAGUUACUACUAUUAUUAUUGAUUCUUCUAAUCUUGAAAAUUAGCGAUGAGUAAUAUUUACACUAAACAUGUUUAAUGGUGACAGUGGCGGACCCAGGAUUUAAGGGUCGUGGGUGCCUCAUUAAAAUUAAUAAAAAUAAAAUCCCUAGCAGAGGUUCGAGCCCA